UUGAGACAAGUUGAGAAGGGUUACCAAUGAAUGGACAGGCCUCUACACCCGACAGGACUACUGCAUUUUGAAAAGGACCUUUUGGAAUACCACCUCCAAUUCAAAGUAAACUUGGCACAAAUACUCUCUUGAAGCAGCAAUGGCAGACAGCAGCAGUCCCCCACUCUCAUCCUACAUCAUGGAUGAGGAAACUCUGAAGAGAAAACAAAAGGAGAAGCUAAAGAAGCUGAUGGCUACGGGAGGCAACCCGAGGCCCGCACGCUCUCUCCUCAUCUUGACACUGAAGAACCCUUUCCGCAGGGCAUGCAUCAAUAUUGUGGAGUGGAAACCUUUUGAAAUCAUAAUCCUACUGGCCAUCUUUGCCAACUGUGUGGCCCUGGCUGUAUACCUGCCCAUGCCUGAGGAAGACAGCAACAACACCAACAGCAACUUGGAAAGCCUGGAGUACAUCUUCCUCAUCAUCUUCUCCAUAGAGUGUUUCCUGAAGAUCGUUGCCUAUGGAUUUCUCUUUCAUGCAGAUGCAUACUUGAGAAACUGCUGGAACAUUUUGGACUUUGUUUGUGUAUCCGUUGGAUUGUUCACUGUGGUUGUGGAUGCCAUUAACCACCUCAGUGGAGUGGAGGCUCCUGUAGGAGAAAAAGGUGGUGGCUUUGACAUGAAAGCUCUGCGGGCGUUCAGAGUCCUCCGACCACUUCGACUGGUCUCUGGAGUCCCCAGCCUUCAAGUGGUGAUGAACUCCAUCCUGAAGUCUUUGUUGCCUCUUUUCCACAUCACCCUACUGGUCCUUUUCAUGGUCACCAUUUAUUCCAUCAUGGGAUUGGAGCUCUUCAAGUGCAAAAUGCACAAGACCUGCUACUACAUAGGCACAGAUAUCAUUGCUACAGUGGAGAAUGAGAGGCCGGCUCCAUGUGCCCAAGCAGGGAAUGGUCGCCGUUGUACCAUCAAUGGCACAGAGUGUCGAGCAGGCUGGCCCGGCCCAAACCACGGAAUCACCCACUUUAACAACCUCGGCUUCUCCAUGCUGACUGUCUACCAGUGUAUCACCACACAAGGGUGGACCGAUGUCCUCUACUGGGUAAAUGACGCUAUAGGAAUGGAAUGGCCAUGGAUCUAUUUCACCACACUCAUCCUGGUUGGCUCCUUCUUCGUGCUCAACCUGGUUCUGGGCGUGCUCAGUGGUGAGUUCACAAAAGAGCGAGAGAAGGCCAAGUCCCGUGGAGAGUUUCAGAAGCUGAGGGAAACCCAGCAGCUGGAUGAGGACCUCAAGGGCUAUAUGGAGUGGAUAACUCAGGCUGAGGUCAUGGACAAUGACCAAGAGCGACAGGGCCUGCUCAGCACAGAAAAUGGAGGAUCAGAGAGCGGAGGUGUCGGCAAAAUGGACACAAUGCAGCUGAUCAUCUAUUACUAUAAGCUGGCUCGUAAGUGGAAUCGUUGGUUACGCCGUAAAUGCCUAGUGUACGUGAAGUCCAAGCUGUUCUACUGGUGGGUGAUCAUGCUCGUCUUCUUUAAUACGCUGGCCAUCGCAACGGAACACCACAAACAAUCCCAGGGUCUCACAAACUGGCAAGACAAUACCAAUAAGCUACUGCUGUCUAUGUUUGCCCUUGAGAUGUUCAUGAAGAUGUAUGCUCUCGGCUUGCCCUCUUACUUCAUGUCUCUCUUCAAUCGCUUUGACUGCUUUGUGGUGUCCACUGGCAUUAUGGAGCUCAUCCUUGUCCACAUGGGAUUCAUGUCGGUCAUGGGCAUUUCUGUGCUGCGCUGCAUACGCCUGCUCCGCCUGCUCAAAGUCACCAGAUACUGGACAUCUCUCAGUAAUCUGGUGGCUUCCCUCUUGAACUCGACCCGUUCCAUUGCCUGCUUGCUGCUGCUCCUCUUCCUUUUCAUUGUCAUCUUCUCCCUGCUGGGUAUGCAGGUGUUUGGAGGGAAGUUCAACUUCCCCAACCAACCCAAACCCCGCAGCACCUUUGACAGCUUCCCUCAGGCCCUCAUCACUGUGUUUCAGAUCCUGACCGGUGAGGACUGGAACACUGUCAUGUAUGACGGCAUCAUGGCUCAUGAAGGACCCAGCAUGCCUGGUAUCCUAGUCAGCAUCUACUUCAUCAUCCUCUUCGUCGUUGGAAAUUUCAUCCUUCUGAAUGUCUUCCUGGCCAUUGCUGUUGAUAACUUGGCCGAGGCCGAGUCUCUCACUUUGGCACAGAAAGAGAAAGCAGAGGAGAAAAAACGCAAGAAAGCACUCCGAGCCAACAUGCCAGACAAAGCAUCAGAGGAGAAAGCAAAUAUGGCAAAGAAGCUGGCUGAGCAACGGGCCAAGGGUGUGGAGGGUAUCCCUACAACUGCCAAACUGAAAAUCGACGAGUUUGAGUCUAACGUUAAUGAGAUCAAAGACCCUUUCCCUCCAGCAGACUUUCCUGGUGAUGAUGAGGAAGAGGACCCUGAGAUCCCAGAGAGCCCGAGACCUCGUCCAAUGGCAGAUCUGCAGUUGAAGGAGGAAGCGGUGCCGAUGCCAGAAGCCAGCUCCUUUUUUAUCUUUGGACCUCAGAACAAGUUCCGGAAGCUCUGCCAUCGUAUUAUCAACGCAACUACUUUCACCAACAUCAUCCUCCUCUUCAUCCUGCUGUCAUCUGUCUCUUUAGCCGCUGAGGAUCCCAUCGACCCCAUGUCCUUCAGGAACAAGGUGUUGGCCUAUGCUGAUAUAGUCUUCACUUCGGUGUUCACGGCGGAAAUUGUGCUCAAGAUGACAACAUACGGCGCCAUUCUUCACAAAGGCUCUUUCUGUCGGAACUCUUUCAACAUCUUGGAUCUUCUGGUGGUCAGCGUGUCUCUCCUCUCAAUGGGCAUGGAAUCCAGUGCCAUCUCAGUGGUGAAGAUUCUCAGGGUGUUAAGGGUACUCCGGCCCCUGAGGGCCAUCAACAGAGCCAAGGGACUCAAGCAUGUCGUCCAGUGCGUGUUUGUUGCUGUCAAGACCAUUGGAAACAUCGUGCUGGUCACCAUGCUACUGGACUUCAUGUUUGCCUGCAUCGGAGUCCAACUUUUCAAAGGCAAGUUCUAUGCCUGCACAGAUCCUGACAAAAUGACUGAGGAAACAUGCAAAGGCUGGUAUAUAAGGUACCAGGAAGGAGCACUUCAUGAAAUGGAGGUCCAUGAGAGGAGAUGGACCAACUCAGAACUAAACUUUGACAACAUCCUCAACGGCAUGCUGGCUCUCUUCACUAUUUCUACCUUUGAAGGAUGGCCGAAGUUACUAUAUAAAGCCAUCGAUUCAAACUUAGAGGAUAAAGGCCCAGUGUACAACAAUCGAGUGGCCAUCUCAAUCUUCUUUAUCGUCUACCUCAUCCUCAUCGCCUUCUUCAUGAUGAAUAUAUUUGUGGGCUUCGUCAUUGUCACCUUCCAGGAGCAAGGAGAGCAGGAGUAUAAGGACUGUGAGCUGGACAAAAACCAGCGCCAGUGUGUCCAGUAUGCUCUUAAGGCCCGACCACUGCGAUGUUAUAUUCCCAAGAACCCCUACCAGUACCAGGUGUGGUACGUCGUCACCUCCUGCUACUUUGAGUACCUUAUGUUCCUCCUUAUUAUGCUCAACACCAUGUGUCUGGGAAUGCAGCACUGUAACCAGUCAGACCACGUUACUCACCUGUCGGACAUGCUGAACGUGAUUUUCACGGUGCUCUUCACUGUGGAGAUGAUCCUUAAACUCAUGGCCUUCAAAGCCAAGGGUUAUUUCGGAGACCCCUGGAACGUCUUUGACUUUGUCAUCGUCAUUGGAAGUGUCGUGGACGUGAUGCUGAGCGAAAUCGAUGCAGCACUGGCCUCCUCUGGAGGACUUUACUGUCUCCAUGGCUGCUCUGCGGUGGAUCCCAUGCAAGCAAUUGCGUCUUCUGAGAACAUGAGCGUGUCAGUCACAUUCUUCAGACUGUUUCGUGUCAUGCGUCUGGUGAAACUUUUAAAUCGCUCUGAGGGGAUACGGAAUCUUCUGUGGACCUUCAUCAAAUCCCUUCAGGCUCUUCCCUAUGUGGCCCUGCUCAUUCUCAUGCUGUUCUUUAUAUACGCUGUGGUUGGAAUGCAGAUAUUUGGUAAAAUUGCAUUGGUUGAUGGCACUUACAUCAACAGGAACAACAACUUCCAGACAUUCCCACAGGCUGUGCUGCUGUUAUUCAGAUGUGCUACAGGGGAGGCAUGGCAUGAAGUGAUGUUGGGCUGUAUGUACGGGAAGAAGUGUGACCCCAAGUCGGACUACCUGCCCGGGGAAGAGUACACCUGUGGAGCCAACUUCGCCAUCAUCUACUUCAUGAGUUUCUACAUGCUCUGUGCCUUUCUGAUCAUCAACCUAUUUGUGGCUGUCAUCAUGGAUAACUUUGACUAUUUGACGCGUGAUUGGUCCAUCCUCGGCCCACAGCAUUUGGAUGAGUUCAAGAAAAUAUGGGCAGAAUAUGAUCCUGAGGCCACGGGGCGUAUUAAGCACCUUGAUGUGGUGACACUCCUACGAAGAAUACCUCCUCCUCUGGGUUUUGGAAAGUUUUGUCCUCAUCGUAUCGCCUGCAAGAGGUUGGUCUCCAUGAACAUGCCUCUCAACAGUGAUGGAACAGUCACCUUCAACGCCACACUGUUUGCCCUGGUCAGAACUGCACUGAAAAUAAAGACAGAAGGUAACUUUGAACAAGCCAACGAGGAGCUGAGGGGAAUUAUCAAGAAGAUCUGGAAGCGCACCAGCAUGAAACUUCUGGAUCAAGUCAUCCCACCUAUAGGAGAUGAUGAGGUGACGGUGGGAAAGUUCUACGCAACCUUCCUAAUCCAGGAUUAUUUCAGGAAAAUGAAGAAGAGACAGGAAGAGUACUAUGGCUUCCGGCCCACCAACAAAAGUGCUACCCAUGAGAUACAGGCAGGGUUGAGGAACAUCGAGGAGGAGGCGGCUCCAGAGCUCCACAGGACCAUCUCUGGAGACCUCGUGACUGAAGAAGAGAUGGACCGAGCCACUGACGAAGCUGCUGCGGAGGGCAUCUUCAGGAGACAAGGCAGUCUUUUUGGAAACCACUCCGACCCUUUUAUUUUGGAGAGUGAGAAAGCCAAUGCCAACCAGGCCACGAGCCAGCGCCCUCUGCAGAUGGCAGAAGGACUCAACAACAACAAUAUAAACCUCAGUAACAGCAACACAAGUCACAGCCUUUAUUAACAGGAGUUUGGAAGAAUUGGCCUCUGACCAUCGAUGUCUGUCAGAGUACUUCAAAGCCAUGACCUUUGACUUUGGCAAAAAUUGAGAUGGAGCUUCUCAACAGAUGCAAAGAAGGACUGUGCUGAAAGGGGCUGCCAAGGCUGCCAACCAAACCCACUUGCGAGCAAUGUAGAGCAAUAGGCUUAGGACCAGGAAAAACCUCCAAUGUUAACCAUUAAUGUUGAGUGCUGAGACAUGUAAUACCACAAAACACUGCCUGUUACGGAAAUACUUAAAAAGAAAUAUUUCAAUUAUUAUUUUUUUCUUACCCUUAUUUUGUCACAACUCUAAAAACAGGAGUUUUAAAGGGACUAUUUGUAACUUUCAGAAAUGCUUGUUAACAGCGACACCUGUGGCCGUGAAGUCAACGAAAGUCAG